CGCUGAAGCAGUAUCGGGACAGCAGAGGACGAGGUCCGGUGGACCGAGAUUAAGGUUCCUGUACCAUGUGCACGGUAACGGUCUUUGGAAACAUUGUACAAAAAGGAAACAGUCGAUGUUCGGUGUCUUUGGGCGAACGCAGUGUUUGAACGCCUUGUCCCACGACGUAACCUGGUUUUGCGACACUGACGAUCGCAUCCAUUGAACAUCUUUAUUUGAUACAUGAAUGUCUCAUCAUUGACUCAAGCCACACUUUCAAGCUCCUCUGUGGAAAGAAGCAUGGCAAGUUUGGAUGUCACCACAAAUUCCUCUGGGGCUGUCAUUCCUGAAAUGUCUAUUAGCAGGCUUUUCCCUGCUCUUUUAGAGUGUUUUGGCAUUAUACUUUGCGGAUAUGUUGCUGGACGAGUGAACAUCAUUAAUUCUACAGAGGCUAAAGGAUUAGGAAGCUUUGUGUCAAUGUUUGCACUUCCUGGCCUCCUUUUUCAGAAUAUGGUGGUUUUAGACUUUGCUCACAUAAACUGGAUUUUUGUUUGCAGCAUUCUUGUGGCUAAGGUUGUAGUUUUCAUAACUGUCUGCAUUCUGACGCUGCUGAUAGCAAGUCCAGAAAGCCGAUUUGGCAAAGCUGGACUCUUCCCAAUCUUUGCUACACAGAGCAAUGACUUUGCUUUGGGAUAUCCUAUAGUUGAGGCUCUCUACAGGGAUACAUGUCCAGAAUACCUUCAGUAUAUUUACCUGCUGGCUCCCAUCUCACUGCUAUUGUUAAAUCCAAUUGGUUUCAUCUUCUGCGAAAUCCAGAAAUGGAAGGAAGAUCUGAAUAUUCAACAAAGCAAACUGAAGACUAUUACAAUGGUAUUGUUUCAGGUUUUAAAAAACCCAAUUGUUUUUAUGGUCAUUAUUGGAAUUUGUGGGAAUUUUAUCUUUGAAGAAAAGAUUCCAGCGAUUAUUGGAGAAUUUCUGGAUGGUCUGGCCAGUUCUUUCAGCGGCUCAGCUCUCUUUUAUCUUGGACUUACAAUGGUGGGACAGAUCACAAAGCUGAAAAAAAGUUCAGUUCUUGCAAUUAUUCUCCUGAUUACAGCCAAAUUAUUGGUACUUCCUCUCAUUAGCCGUGAAACGGUGGAAUUGCUAAACAACGGCAACACUGAUGCUAACUACACCAGUAUAUCGAACUUUGCAUUCUUAUAUGGAGUUUUCCCAACAGCACCAAGUGUAGCUAUUUAUGCAAGUCAGUACAAUAUGGAAAUUGAAAUUGUUACUCCAGGGAUGGUGAUAAGUACAUUUGUGUCUGCUCCCAUCAUGUAUGUGUCGGCGUGGCUUUUGACAGUUCCAUCCAUGCAAGCAGAAGUUUUGCAGUCUGCAAUUCAGGAUGUCAGCUUUGACCUAAGCAUAGUUACCCUAUUUUUUCUGGUAUGGACUGUAGCUGUCAUGGUGCUGAAUAAGAGAUUUAAGCAGCUGCCUCAUUUAUUCUCUCUUAACUUGCUGAUUGCACAGUGUAUGGUCUGCAUAGGAAUGGUCGUGUGGUAUGUUAUCCACAAACAAAAUAGUCUUCUUGGUCAAGUUCUGGGAUUCAUUGUGCUAUAUAGUUCAUUGUAUAGUGCAUACAUAUGGACAGGUCUGAUAGCACUAUCAUUACUUCUGUUGGAGAAAAAUGUGUCUGAGCACAGAGGGUUCUUCAUGAUUGCCGGAUGGGGAAUACCAGCAUUCAUUCUGGGAAUCAUAUUGAUUACUGGUCACCCAGAUAUGCAAUCAGUGGGUGAUUCAGCAUUCUUUUAUGGACGUUGUCAGAUUAUUAGUACAAUGGUGGUACUGUCGUGUAGCAUUAUUCUUGCGGGUUUAUCACUGAUGUUACUGAGUCGAAAUAGGCAGGAUAAUGCUUAUCAAAAGCUGCAACGCAACUCUAUUUCCAGGAGUACGAGUGAGGAUGGCAGAGUGAAUGAAGUCCAAGUAACAGCUAGCAAUGGAACAUCCAAUGCAGAAUUUGCAUCAGGAGAAGAAACCUGUGCAGGUCAAAUAGAAAAUCAAGGUGAAUUAUUAUGUUAUGCCAACCAGGAAGUUCUGAACAAUGACAGAACCAUGAAUGUGACAUCAGUGGAUGCAGAACAAAGUAUGGAACUGCGCACCCCUGAAAGCAGCUUGUUGAUGCAGGAAGGAGGGUGUUUACAGAGCACAGAUCCACAGCUCGCUAGGCACGUGCUACUGUGUUUGCUUCUCAUUAUAGGCUUGUUUGCUAAUGUAUCUAGCUGUUUGUGGUUGUUGGUUAACCCUGACCCAGGUCGCCUUUAUGUUGAACUGCAGUUUAUCUGUAUAAUCUUCAAUUUUGGACAGGGUUUUAUUUCCUUUGGCAUAUUUGGACUUGAUAAGCAUUUAGUCAUUCUUCCAUUUAAAAAAAGGCUGGAAAACCUGUGGUAUGGAAAAGAUUUUGGAGCACAGACUGAUAAUACUAUAGCUGAGAACAUAAGGAUGACUUGCCAACAGUUUACUCGGUAUCAUCGGGAUCAGUGUGUCAAAGACAUUGUUGAAAAGAGGAGGUGUGCAGCAGAAGCCUCCUCAGACAUUUUCCAGGGCAGUGAUCUGGUGGACUGGUUGAUUCAAGCUGGUCUUGCCCAUGACCGAGGUGAAGCUAUUAAAUAUGCAGACCGGUUACUUGAGGGUGGCGUAAUUCAGCACCUUACCGAUGACUCUUCAUUUCAAGAUAAUUCAGUGUACUACCGUAUGGUGCAGAGGAAUAUAGCAUAAUCAUCUGGACUUCAAUAGAGCUGCUUUGAAUUUAGAGAUGAAAUGCACAGGAAUUUUUUCUCAUUGCUGUAAAAAUGCAUUAAGUUUGUUUUUAAAUCUCAUUAUUAACCAAAGAUGUUGAAAUCUUCAGUUAUUAAAGUUUGCUAAUUUUGCCUAACAUUUUCUUUACUAAGAUGUAAAUUGUUAGAGCAUUGGUGUAUAUAGAAGGUGAUCUUAACCCACAUAAAAUGUAAGACAAAGAUUGUUCUGUCAGAUCAGGGUGGAAACGUCAUGCAAAUAGAUUUGAGCUAUGGAUUGCACUGAAGUAUUGAGUCAUUUUGUACAUGGAGAAGCACAUUUUUAUUUGCAGCAAGCUGAGCUGAAUGCUACCAUUGCUCUGCCUUAUCCAAAAUGUCUCAAAUGUCCAUGUAUCCAUGACUUUGACAUUCAAGACUUGAUAUUGUGUUUUCUUAACUUUAAUAAAAAUGCAGCAGAUCUGCUGAUGUUUUGAGGGAAAUAUUUGCACUUUAUGUUAAAAGGUGCACUUUUAAAUUUGAAUGCAUGUAAAAACCUGCAUGAAAAGCUGAAUAAUUAUAUUUGUUAAAAGUAUUCUAUUGUUUAAUGCUGGUCAUAGUUCAAGACAGAAUCUGAUGCAUUUAUAAAUACAGUGGCACGCAAAAGUUUGGGCACCCC